AUGAAAAUAAUUGCUAUCCAUCUAUCUAUUCAUCUAUUUAUCUAUCUAUCUUCUUUUCAUAUUUAUUUAUCUAUUUAUCGUUUUUCAUAUCUACUGUUUUUUCCAUGUCUAUCUAUCUAUCUAUCUAUCUAUCUAUCUAUCUAUCUAUCUAUCUUCUUUUCAUAUCGUUUUAUCUAUCGUUUUUUCAUAUCUAUCGUUUUAUUUCAUAUGUAUCUAUCUUUUCAUAUCUUUUUAUACAUAGUUUUUUUCAUAUCUAUCUAUCGUUUUUUUUCUAUCUAUCUAUCUAUCUAUCUUCUUUUCAUAUCGUUUUAUCUAUCGUUUUUUCAUAUCUAUCGUUUUAUUUCAUAUGUAUCUAUCUUUUCAUAUCUUUUUAUACAUAGUUUUUUUCAUAUCUAUCUAUCGUUUUUUUCCUAUCUAUCUAUCUAUCUAUCUAUCUAUCUAUCUAUCUAUCUAUCUAUCUAUCUAUCUAUCUUCUUUUCAUAUCGUUUUAUCUAUCGUUUUUUUCAUAUCUAUCGUUUUAUUUCAUAUGUAUCUAUCUUUUCAUAUCUUUUUAUACAUAGUUUUUUUAUAUCUAUCUAUCGUUUUUUCCUAUCUAUCUAUCUAUCUAUCUAUCUAUCUAUCUAUCUAUCUUCUUUUCAUAUCGUUUUAUCUAUCGUUUUUUCAUAUCGAUCGUUUUAUUUCAUAUGUAUCUAUCUUUUCAUAUCUUUUUUAUACAUAGUUUUUUCAUAUCUGUCUAUCGUUUUUCCCAUUCUAUCUAUCUAUCUAUCUAUCUAUCUAUCUAUCUAUCUAUCUAUCUAUCUAUCUAUCUAUCUUCUUUUCAUAUCGUUUUAUCUAUCGUUUUUCAUAUCUAUCGUUUUAUUUCAUAUGUAUCUAUCUUUUCAUAUCUUUUUAUACAUAGUUUUUUCAUAUCUAUCUAUCGUUUUUCCCUAUCUAUCUAUCUAUCUAUCUAUCUAUCUAUCUAUCUAUCUAUCUAUCUAUCUAUCUAUCCAUCUAUCGAUCUAUCUAUCUAUCUAUCUUCUUUUCAUAUCGUUUUAUCUAUCGUUUUUUUUUCAUAUCUAUCGUUUUAUUUCAUAUGUAUCUAUCUUUUCAUAUCUUUUUAUACAUAGUUUUUUUCAUAUCUAUCUAUCGUUUUUUUCCCAUUCAUCUAUCUAUCUAUCUAUCUAUCUAUCUAUCAUCUAUCUAUCUAUCUAUCUAUCUAUCUAUCUAUCUUCUUCUUUCAUAUCGUUUUAUCUAUCGUUUUUCAUAUCUAUCGUUUUAUUUCAUAUGUAUCUAUCUUUCAUAUCUUUUUUAUACAUAGUUUUUUUCAUAUCUAUCUAUCGUUUUUCCUAUCUAUCUAUCUAUCUAUCUAUCUAUCUAUCUAUCUAUCUAUCUAUCUAUCUAUCUAUCUAUCUUCUUUUCAUAUCGUUUUAUCUAUCGUUUUUUUUUCAUAUCUAUCGUUUUAUUUCAUAUGUAUCUAUCUUUUCACAUCUUUUUAUACAUAGUUUUUUUUCAUAUCUAUCUAUCGUUUUUUCCUUUUAUCUAUCUAUCUAUCUAUCUAUCUAUCUAUCUAUCUAUCUAUCUAUCUUCUUUUUCAUAUCGUUUUAUCUAUCGUUUUUCAUAUCGAUCGUUUUAUUUCAUAUGUAUCUAUCUUUUCAUAUUUUUUUAUUCAUAGUUUUUUUCAUAUCUGUCUAUCGUUUUUUCCUAUCUAUCUAUCUAUCUAUCUAUCUAUCUAUCUAUCUAUCUAUCUAUCUAUCUAUCUAUCUAUCUAUCUAUCUAUCUAUCUUCUUUUCAUAUCGUUUUAUCUAUCGUUUUUUCAUAUCUAUCGUUUUAUUUCAUAUGUAUCUAUCUUUUCAUAUCUUUUUAUACAUAGUUUUUUUCAUAUCUAUCUAUCGUUUUUUCCUAUCUAUCUAUCUAUCUAUCUAUCUAUCUAUCUAUCUAUCUAUCUAUCUAUAUCUAUCUUCUUUCAUAUCGUUUUAUCUAUCGUUUUUUCACAUAUCUAUCGUUUUAUUUCAUAUGUAUCUAUCUUUUCAUAUCUUUUUAUACAUAGUUUUUUUUCAUAUCUAUCUAUCGUUUUUUUUCCUAUUCAUCUAUCUAUCUAUCUUCUUUUCAUAUCGUUUUAUCUAUCGUUUUUUUCAUAUCUAUCGUUUUAUUUCAUAUGUAUCUAUCUUUUCAUAUCUUUUUUACAUAGUUUUUUACAUAUCUAUUUUUUUUAUUCAUAUCUAUCUAUUAUUUUUAUCAUAUCUAUCUAUCUAUCUAUCUAUCUAUCUAUCUAUCUAUCAUAUCGUUUUAUCUAUCGUUAUCUAUCUAUCGUUUUAUUUCAUAUCUAUCUAUCUAUCUUUUUUACAUAUCGUUUUAUCUAUCGUUUUUUUUUCAUAUCUAUCGUUUUAUUUCAUAUGUAUCUAUCUAUCUAUUUCUAUCUUCUUUUCAUUUUUUUAUAUUUUUCAUAUCUAUCGUUUUUUCUAUCUAUCUAUCUAUCAUAUCUAUCUAUCUAUCUAUCUUCUUUUCAUAUCGUUUUAUCUAUCGUUUUUUCAUAUCUAUCGUUUUAUUUCAUAUGUAUCUAUCUUUUCAUAUCUUUUUUUAUACAAAGUUUUUUCAUAUCUAUCUAUCGUUUUUUCCUAUAUCAUUCAUCUAUCUAUCUAUCCUAUCUAUCUAUCUAUCUAUCUAUCUAUCUAUCUAUCUAUCUUCUAUUUCAUAUCUUUUUUCAUAUCUAUCUAUCGUUUUUUCCCAUCUAUCCAUCUAUCUAUCUAUUCAUCUAUCUAUCUAUCUAUCUAUCUAUCUAUCUAUCUAUCUAUCUUCUUUUCAUAUCGUUUUAUCUAUCGUUUUUUCAUAUCUAUCUUUUUUAUUUCAUAUGUAUCUAUCUUUUCAUAUCUUUUUAUACAUAGUUUUUUCAUAUCUAUCUAUUGUUUUUUUCUAUCUAUAUCUAUCUAUCUAUCUAUCUAUCUAUCUUUCAUAUCUAUCUAUCGUUUUAUCUAUCUAUCUAUCUAUCUUUUUUUCAUAUCGUUUUAUCUAUCGUUUUUUUUCAUAUCUAUCUUUUUUCAUAUCUAUCUAUCGUUUUUUUUUUUUUAUCUAUCUAUCUAUCUUUCAUAUCUAUCUAUCUAUCUAUCUAUCGUUUAUCUAUCUAUCUAUCUAUCUAUAUCUUCUUUUCAUAUCUUUUUUCAUAUAUCUAUCUAUCGUUUUUUCCUAUCUAUCUAUCUAUCUAUCUAUCUAUCUAUCCAUCUAUUCAUCUAUCUAUCUAUCUAUCUAUCAUCUUCUUUCAUAUCGUUUUAUCUAUCGUUUUUUCAUAUCUAUCGUUUUAUUUCAUAUGUAUCUAUCUUUUCAUAUCUUUUUAUACAUAGUUUUUUUCAUAUCUAUCUAUCGUUUUUUUCCUAUCUAUCUAUCUAUCUAUCUAUCUAUCUAUCUAUCUAUCUAUCUAUCUAUCUAUCUAUCUAUCUAUCUUCUUUUCAUAUCUUUUUUCAUAUCUAUCUAUCGUUUUUUCCCCUAUCUAUCUAUCUAUCUAUCUAUCUAUCUAUCUAUCUAUCUAUCUAUCUAUCUUCUUUUCAUAUCUUUUUUUCAUAUCUAUCUAUCGUUUUUUCCUAUCUAUCUAUCUAUCUAUCUAUCUAUCUAUCUAUCUAUCUAUCUAUCUAUCUAUCUAUCUUCUUUUCAUAUCGUUUUAUCUAUCGUUUUUUCAUAUCUAUCUUUUUUUCAUAUCUAUCUAUCGUUUUUUCCUAUCAUCUAUAUCUAUCUAUCUAUUCAUCUAUCUAUCUAUCUAUCUAUCUAUCUAUCUUCUUUUCAUAUCGUUUUAUCUAUCGUUUUUUCAUAUCUAUCUUUUUUAUCUAUAUCUAUCUAUCUAUCUUUUUUUCAUAUCGUUUUAUCUAUCGUUUUUUUCAUAUCUAUCGUUUUAUUUCAUAUGUAUCUAUCUUUCAUAUCUUUUUAUCUAUCUAUCUAUCGUAUUUAUCCUAUCUAUCUAUCUAUCUAUCUAUCUAUCUAUCUAUUUUUAUAUCUUUUUUUCAUAUCUAUCUAUCGUUUUUUUUAUCUAUUCAUCUAUCUAUCUAUCUAUCUAUCUAUCUAUCUAUCUAUCUAUCUAUCUAUCUAUCUUCUUUUUCAUAUCGUUUUAUCUAUCGUUUUUUCAUAUCUAUCUUUUUUUUUUAUCUAUCUAUCUAUCUAUCUAUCUAUCAUAUCUAUCUAUCUAUCUUUUUUUCCUAUCGUUUUAUUCAUAUCUAUCGUUUUAUUUCAUAUAUCUAUCUUUUCAUAUCUUUUUAUCUAGUUUUUUCAUAUCUAUCUAUCGUUUUAUCUAUCUAUCUAUCUAUCUAUCUUCUUUUCAUAUCGUUUUAUCUAUCGUUUUUCAUAUCUAUCUUUUUUCAUAUUCAUCUAUCGUUUUCCUAUCUAUCUAUCUAUCUAUCUAUCUAUCUAUCUAUCUAUCUAUCUAUCUAUCUAUCUAUCUAUCUUCUUUUUCAUAUCUUUUUUUCAUAUCUAUCUAUCGUUUUUUCCCAUCUAUCUAUAUCUAUCUAUCUAUCUAUCUAUCUAUCUAUCUAUCUAUCUAUUCUUUUCUAUCGUUUUAUCUAUCUAUCUAUCUUUUUUCAUAUCUAUCGAUCGUUUUUUUAUUUCUAUAUGUAUCUAUCUAUUAUCUAUCUAUCUUUAUAUACAUAUCUUUUUUUAUAUCGUUUUAUCUAUCGUUUUUUUAUCUAUCGUUUUAUUUCAUAUGUAUCUAUCUUUUCUAUUUUUUAUACAUAUCUAUCUAUCUAUCGUUAUCUAUAUCUAUCUAUCUAUCUAUCUAUCUAUCUAUCUAUCUAUCUAUCUUCUUUUCAUAUCGUUUUAUCUAUGUUUUUUUCAUAUCUAUCGUUUUAUUUCAUAUGUAUCUAUCUUUUUCAUAUCUUUUUAUACAUAGUUUUUUUUUCAUAUCUAUCUAUCGUUUUUUUCCUAUCUAUCUAUCUAUCUAUCAUCUAUCUAUCUAUCUAUCUAUCUAUCUAUCUAUCUAUCUUCUUUUCAUAUCGUUUUAUCUAUCGUUUUUCAUAUCUAUCUUUUUAUUUCAUAUGUAUCUAUCUUUUCAUAUCUUUUAUACAUAGUUUUUUUUUUCAUAUCUAUCUUUUUUUUUUCUAUCUAUCUAUCUAUCUAUCUAUCUAUCUAUCUAUCUAUCUAUCUAUCGUUAUCUAUCUAUCUAUCUUCUUUUCAUAUCGUUUUAUCUAUCGUUUUUUUCAUAUCUAUCUAUCGUUUUAUUUCAUAUGUAUCUAUCUUUUUUCAUAUCUUUUUAUACAUAGUUUUUUUAUAUCAUCUAUCUAUCUAUUGUUUUUUUUUUAUUUCUAUCUAUUCUAUUCUAUCUAUCUUUUAUCUAUCUUUUCAUAUCUAUCUAUCUAUCUAUCUAUCUAUCUUCUUUUCAUAUCGUUUUAUCUAUCUAUUUUUUUCAUAUCUAUCGUUUUAUUUCAUAUGUAUCUAUCUUUUCAUAUUUUUAUACAUAGUUUUUUUCAUAUAUCUAUUCAUUGUUUUUUCCCCCAUUUUUUAUCUAUCUAUCAUUUAUCAUCUAUCAUCUAUCUAUCUAUCUAUCUAUCUAUCUAUCUAUCUAUCUAUCUAUCUAUCUAUCUUCUUUUUCAUAUCGUUUUAUCUAUCGUUUUUUUCAUAUCUAUCUUUUUUAUUUCAUAUGUAUCUAUCUUUUUUUUUAUCAUAGUUUUUUUUCAUAUCUAUCUAUCGUUUUUUUUUUAUCUAUCUAUUUAUCUAUCAUCAUUUAUCUAUCUAUUCAUCUAUCUAUCUAUAUCUAUCUUUUUUCAUAUCGUUUUAUCUAUCGUUUCAUUUCAUAUCUAUCGUUUUAUCUAUAUCUAUCUUUUCUAUCUUUUUAUACAUAGUUUUUUUCAUAUCUAUCUAUUGUUUUUUUUUCUAUCUAUCUAUCUAUCUAUCUAUCUAUCUAUCUAUUCUUUUCAUAUCGUUUUAUCUAUCGUUUUUUUUCAUAUCUAUCGUUUUAUUUCAUAUGUAUCUAUCUUUUCAUUUUUUAUACAUAGUUUUUUCAUAUCUAUCUAUUGUUUUUUCCCUAUCUAUCUAUCUAUCUAUCUAUCUAUCUAUCUAUCUAUCUAUCUAUCUAUCUAUCUAUCUUCUUUUCAUAUCUUUUUUUCAUAUCUAUCUAUCGUUUUUUUCCUAUCUAUCUAUCUAUCUAUCUAUCUAUCUAUCUAUCUAUCUAUCUAUCUUCUUUUCAUAUCGUUUUAUCUAUCGUUUUUUCAUAUCUAUCGUUUUAUUUCAUAUGUAUCUAUCUUUUCAUAUCUUUUUAUACAUAGUUUUUUUCAUAUCUAUCUAUCGUUUUUUCCUAUCUAUCUAUCUAUCUAUCUAUCUAUCUAUCUAUCUAUCUAUCUAUCUAUCUAUCUAUCUAUCUUCUUUUCAUAUCGUUUUAUCUAUCGUUUUUUCAUAUCUAUCGUUUUAUUUCAUAUGUAUCUAUCUUUUCAUAUCUUUUUAUACAUAGUUUUUUCAUAUCUAUCUAUCGUUUUUUCCCAUCAUCUAUCUAUCUAUCUAUCUAUCUAUCUAUCUAUCUAUCUAUCUAUCUUCUUUUCAUAUCGUUUUAUCUAUCGUUUUUUCAUAUCUAUCGUUUUAUUUCAUAUGUAUCUAUCUUUUCAUAUCUUUUUAUACAUAGUUUUUUCGUUUUUUCAUCUAUCGUUUUUUUCCUAUCUAUCUAUCUAUCUAUAUCUAUCUAUCUAUCUAUCUAUCUUCUUUUCAUAUCUUUUUUUCAUAUCUAUCUAUCGUUUUUUUCCUAUCUAUUCAUCUAUCUAUCUAUCUAUCUAUCUAUCUAUCUAUCUAUCUUUCUAUCUAUCUAUCUAUUCAUCUAUCUAUCGUUUUUUUCAUAUCGUUUUAUCUCUCGUUUUUUCAUAUCUAUCGUUUUUUAUUUCAUAUGUAUCUAUAUAUCUUUCAUAUCUAUCUUUUAUACAUAGUUUUUUCAUAUUCUAUCUAUCGUUUUUUUCAUUGUAUAUCAUUCAUCUUUAUCUAUCUAUCUAUCUAUCUAUCUAUCCUAUCUAUCUAUCUAUCUAUCUAUCUAUCUAUCUUCUUUUCAUAUCGUUUUAUCUAUCGUUUUUUCAUAUCUAUCUUUUUAUUUCAUAUGUAUCUAUCUUUUCAUAUCUUUUUAUACAUAGUUUUUUUCAUAUCUAUCUAUUGUUUUUUCCCUCAUCUAUCUAUCUAUCUAUCAUAUCUAUCUAUCUAUCUAUCUUCUUUUCAUAUCGUUUUAUCUAUCGUUUUUCAUAUCUAUCGUUUUAUUUCAUAUGUAUCUAUCUUUUCAUAUCUUUUUAUACAUAUUUUUUUUUUCAUAUCUAUCUAUCGUUUUUUUCUUUUCAUAUCUAUUUAUCUAUCUAUUCAUCUAUCUAUCUAUUUAUCUAUCAUAUCUAUCUAUCUUUCAUAUCUAUCUAUCUUUUUUUCAUAUCGUUUUUUUUUUUAUCUAUCCAUUUUUUUCAUCUAUCUAUCGUUUUAUUUCAUAUGUAUCUAUCUUUUCAUAUCUUUUUAUACAUAGUUUUUUUCAUAUCUAUCUAUUGUUUUUUUCCCUAUCUAUCUAUCUAUCUAUCUAUCUAUCUAUCUAUCUAUCUAUCUAUCUAUCUAUCUUCUUUUCAUAUCUUUUUUUCAUAUCUAUCUAUUGUUUUUUUCCCUAUCUAUCUAUCUAUCUAUCUAUCUAUCUAUCUAUCUAUCUAUCUAUCUAUCUAUCUAUCUAUCUAUCUAUCUAUCUUCUUUUCAUAUCUUUUUUUCCUAUCUAUCUAUCGUUUUUCCCCUAUCUAUCUAUCUAUCUACCUACCUAUCUAUCUAUCUAUCUAUCUAUCUAUCUAUCUAUCUAUCUAUCUAUCUAUCUAG